GGGGCCCGAGGCCGCCGGAAGCUCCGCGGAUCCGGCUUCCGGGGCGCGCGCCGACCGCUGGGGGCUCUGUCGGCCCGGCCUCGUGCAGCUCCCGCGCGGUGCCGAGCCCGUCCCCGCGGCCAUGAGCGUGGGCUUCAUCGGCGCGGGCCAGCUGGCCUGUGCGCUGGCGCGGGGCUUCACGGCCGCAGGCAUCCUGUCGGCCCACCGGAUCAUAGCCAGCUCCCCGGAAAUGGACCUGCCCACCGUGUCCUCCCUCCGGAAGAUGGGCGUGAACCUGACCCGGAGCAACAAGGAGACGGUGAGGCACAGUGACGUCCUGUUCCUGGCCGUGAAGCCACACAUCAUCCCCUUCAUCCUGGACGAGAUUGGCGCCGACGUGCAGGCCAGGCACAUCGUGGUCUCCUGUGCUGCCGGUGUCACCAUCAGCUCGGUGGAGAAGAAGCUGACCGCGUUCCAGCCGGCCCCCAAGGUGAUCCGCUGCAUGACCAACACGCCUGUGGUGGUGCGGGAGGGCGCCACGGUGUACGCCACGGGCACCCACGCGCUGGUGGAGGAUGGGCGGCUCCUGGAGCAGCUCAUGAGCAGCGUGGGCUUCUGCACAGAGGUGGAGGAGGACCUGAUCGACGCCGUCACCGGGCUCAGCGGCAGCGGGCCUGCCUAUGCAUUCAUGGCCCUGGACGCGCUGGCUGACGGCGGGGUGAAGAUGGGCCUGCCGCGGCGCCUCGCUGUCCGACUGGGGGCCCAGGCCUUGCUGGGCGCCGCCAAGAUGCUGCUGGACUCAGAGCAGCACCCGGGCCAGCUCAAGGACAACGUCUGCUCCCCCGGGGGGGCCACCAUCCACGCCCUGCACUUCCUAGAGAGCGGGGGCUUCCGCUCGCUCCUCAUCAAUGCCGUGGAGGCCUCCUGCAUCCGGACACGGGAGCUGCAGUCCAUGGCUGACCAGGAGAAGGUCUCCCCGGCCGCGCUGAAGAAGACCCUCCUGGACAGGGUGAGGCUGGAGACCCCCACCAUGCCCACGCUCGCCCACUCCGGCCCCACGAAGCUCCUGACCAGAGACCCGGCCCCCGCAGGCAAGAAGGAGUGAGGCUGCUGACCCCCGGGGGCCCGUGCAGGGCCGUGUCAGGCUCCCGUAGUUGGUGGGGCCUUGGGCCCACUCCUGAGACAGGUGCAGAGCGGGCCGCACGGUGGGAAGAUGGGCUGGGGGUUGAUGCCGGCAGCCAGGGCCCGUCCUGUGCCUCCUGCCUUGGGGAGAGCGAGGCCGUGACUCCGUCAGCGCCCCGCUCGCCAGGACUGGCUGCAGCUCUCUGAGUUACAGAUCGAAAGGAUGGGAACAGCUUAACCCGUGUUACCGUGAACCAGAAAAGCACACUUACGUUUACGUCUCUGCUCUAGGUGUCCUGUUGAAAACACUGUUCUUUGGUCUGCUGAUUAGUUGCUUCAAUAAAGUUUUAUUUUGUGUUU